UCUCGUCGCUUGCAGGGAGUGCGCCUGCGCUGAUUCCGUCAGCCGAGAACGGGAACAUGGCCGCGCGGUCUCUGUGGGCGGCCCUGCGGCGGGUGCAGCGCCUCCUGACCUCGACUGCCGCGUCCGAUGGCAGGGGAUGUCUGCAUCCUUUCAGCACUGCUACCCAGAGAACUGCUGGUGAGGCCUGCACUUCUGAGGACCCUCCUGAUGAGCUUGGGCCCUCUCUUGCACAACGAACCUUAAAGUUAAAAGCUGUUAAACUGGAGAAGGAAGUCCAGGAUUUAACAAUGAGAUACCAGAGAGCUGUAGCCAAUGGUGAAAAUAUAAGAAGGCGGACCCAGAGAUAUGUAGAAGACGCCAAGAUAUUUGGAAUUCAGAGUUUCUGUAAGGACUUGGUGGAGGUGGCAGACAUUUUGGAGAAGACUACAGAGUGCAUUUCUGAAGAAACAGAGCCUGGGGACCAGAAGCUCACUCUGGAGAAGAUCUUCCGGGGGUUGUCACUUUUAGAAGCAAAGCUGAAAAGUGUAUUUGCCAAACAUGGCCUGGAAAAGAUGACACCCAUCGGUGACAAAUAUGACCCUCAUGAGCAUGAACUUAUCUGUCAUGUGCCAGCUGGUACUGGGGUGCAGCCUGGCACCGUGGCAUUAGUAAGGCAAGAUGGCUACAAGCUUCAUGGCCGCACCAUUAGACUUGCCCAGGUGGAAGUGGCAGUGGAGUCUCAGAGAAGACUGUGAGUGGGCCACAAGGAACUGAAUAUCCUCCCAGAGUACUGUCAUCUAUCUGUGUUCCCUUUAUUUAUUAAACUAGGUUUGUAUUGUACAUGAGGUAUUUCAUGUAAUCUGUUGUGGAUUUAGUCAUAUUGGCUUUAUUUCUAAGAUACUCUAUUGAUUUAUUGUGACCUAUUUGGUCUCAUCAUCAGAAGUCCUGCCAUUGGGCACAUGAAUAAUGUGACAGGUGCUCCUAUGGCCUUUGUCAAAAUACGUUUUAAGAAAAUUACUUUUAAAUUGGUAAUCUGAUGACUUUCAAUCCAAAAUCUUUUUAAAAGGUGGAAAUGCAUAUAUGUUAUGUAUUUGCAGCAAAAUACUCCUUUUUAGUGAUCCCUGUAGCAAGAAUUGUAUAGCAUCUUGUAUUUUGUGGGACAAGGAGGUGGUAGGGAUUGGUUCAACAUUUGUGUACUUAGAUGAUAAAGCUUUAUAGAUGUAUGAAUUUAGAUAUUUGAGUUGAUUUUUAUGCACAUAGAUGUUCAAGACUUCUUUUUAUUUUAUUUUCCUUUUAGCCAUCUUUUGUUCUUGUAGUUCAUGCCAGGUAGACCUUGUGUUCAGUUCCUUUCCAAUUCUCAUUUACAAGGGCUAAAGGCCCAGGCAAAUCUUAGAAGGCAGGAAGUGUCAAGAAAUUUAAGAUACCAGGUCCCUUUCAAGCAAAUAUGGCCAAGAAACCUUGUGCUUUCUCUGCUGAGUUAUCUUCAAAUAAUUUUCAGCCUCCCUAGGUAUGUAUUUAUUCCAGGGAAACUGAGGUGACACCAGCAGCUAAUGACCCAAAUCUGUCUACAUAGGUAAUGUUACCCACAAUUUCUGUUUCCAUCAGCCCUUAAAUCCUCUGUCACUUUGUCAUAUUUACCUUAUGAUCCUUUAUGUGAUUAUGUCAGGAUGUAAUCAGAACAGAAAUGUUAGGUUCUCAACAAUUUCUCAUUUCAUUUACUUAGGCUGAAUUUUGUUUUAAUUGGUAUUCACAAGUUACUACCUCUUACAUUGAGAAGCUUAAUUUCCUAUUUUUCUUACCUGUCUUAUGUCACAUGUAUAAACAUUCAGCUUCCCUUUUAUGUACUGACCUCCUAGAGUUAAUGAGCCUAUAUGUAUAUUUUUUAUUCUUUCAGUUUUACCUAUAGCUAGAGUUCUAUAAAAGAUUAAUUCAGUGAAUGAGUGAAUAGAAUGAUACAUCAGACUUUAGAAAGGAGGUCAGUUACGGAUACUUUUAUGUUAAAAGAGGCCUUAAUUAUCUAAUCUCGCCCUUUCAGCUUCCUCUGAAAUAUGAAAAUGAAAUGAAAAUUUUAGUAGACUCAAAAAUCUCUGAAACUAGUAAAUUGAAUUUCAGUAAGAACUUGAAUAAAGAACAACCAGAUAUUAACGUCAGUCAUUUAAGAUUAAACUGUUCUAUGAUGAAUAUACAAAUAUGUCCCCAGCAGACAAUUAAAAGUUGUUAGAUGUCCAGGUUGUAUAGGUUUAGGUUUAAGUUAGUUACCCAUAAAGUAAACGCAUUCAUAUUAGAACUCUGUGACCCCAUCUGUGGAAUGGUAAAAGUUAUCCUCUUAGACAUCACAGAUAGUUCUAACACACACUAUAUACAUGUAUCAACAAAGCCAUUCUUCACUGGGCCUUACCAUCCCCCCGAGAUUUAGACAUUUGAAAGAACAAAUACAUGCUUUUAAGAUACAAACAAAAGACUCACGGUAAGAUUUUAAAACCAGAACCUCUUGGCAUUUCACCAAGUGCACAAUGUAAAUGUAAUGAGUAGCCAGAUGUCACAAUAGUAAUGUCCUUUUUUUACCUUCAUUCCUUUGACAGGUGGUGACAAAAAAAGUCAAUUAUAAAUACCUAUGUGUUCUUGAAUUACUUGCUGUCAUUACCAGGAUUAGAAGACCCAUAAUUUUAGAUAUGGAAUAUUCUGAUUACCUGAAGAGUUUUCUGAUAUGCCUUGCAACGUCCUUUUGAAGGAGACAGAUUGAAAAUAAUUUUAGCUUCUUUUACUAUUUAGUAGUUUUACAGUUAAAAGUACAAAUUUAGAAGAUGGAGCUAUAACUGUAGGUAUCUGAAAAAGUUGAAGGGCGUGCAGGAGCCAGCAUGGCACACUAGAGUAUAGGCUUGGUAGGCAUAGAUUUGAGCAUAAAUUCUAGCUAAGUCACCUGUGUGACUUUGGGUCCCAGUCAUGUUUUUGUACUUGUAUUCCACAAGUCUUAGGGAUUUUCCUCACUGUCAUAAAGGAAUCACUUUGAUAUUGUCAUAAGUUACUUGGUGCUCUCUCCUGGCAAAGAAUUUGUUAAAUGAAGAAAGGUUCUUAAACGUAAAGUAAAUCCAAAUAAAACUAAGGAUGAACUACAAUACUGAGAAACAACUUUAAUAAAACCAGAAUUGACAUCACUGGGGUUCACAUGUUUAGUGUCUGUCGCCUAAUUCAUAUUGUAUAUUGACAUGUUAUGGUCACUUGACUGAUGGCUGACUCACCAUUGCUCAGUGGAGGUCCCUUGAGAUUUCACAGCAGCCCAGCCAACUGGAUACACUACAGGUAUUCCAUACCCUGUCUUGAUGUUGGAGUCUUGUCUGUUUUUCUCCCUCAACUUGCUUCUUUCUGGUUCCUGUAUAUUUCUUAGGUCUGGACACCUGUUUCUCCCUUCCUAUCUGGGUAUUGUCAUAUUUUCUGUUGCUUGUUUAUUGGUUCUAAUUGUCUUAUCUGCUUUCACAACUUGAACUGCUGGGCUUCUGAGCAUUCUCUCAACUGGAUUACUGACAUGUGGCUUUGUUCUGAUCUUCAGCCUGGCUUCCACAUACCCAACCUCCUGGAAGGGUGAACUUCUGGAGCCAGCCUUUCCUGCAGUUUUGCCUUGUAUUUUCAUCGUUUUUCCAAACGUGACCUGUACACCCUGGCUCUAUAAUCCAUUGUUUCUCAUAUUCCCAGUGCCAGUAAGUAUAUUCUUAUUUCUAUGCACUCAGACUGCCCACAUUCACAAGUUCACUGAGGAGGUUUUAAAACAUGACUACAAAUCUCUUUGAAUCUGGACUUUGUGAUGGUCCAAUGGAAUACAGUAGAAGUGUCACUAUGCUGAUUUCUGGAUGCCCACCCACCAUUAAACCAAGAGAGCAAGCUGAAGCAGCCUGUGGAGUGGAGCUGAGGACCAUAGCUGAGUUUUCAGCUGACAAGCAGCCAUCUUGAAGUAAAUCCUGCAGCCCUGAGUGGAACAGCCCCGUCUCACACCACAUGGAACAAAGAUGAACUUAUCUCAAUGAGCCCUGCGCAGAGUACAGAUUUAUGGACAAAAUAAAUGAUUGUUACUUUUGGCCACUAAGUUUUGGGAUGGGUUGUUAACAAUAGAAAACCCAGCCUCACUAGUUGUUUUGCACCUUGGCCACAAUUACACUUCUUGCUCUUCCUCUUACAGCUCUUUUGAACUUGUCCUACUACUUUGAUACACUUACACACUAUCAGUGUGAAGGAUUAAAGUUCAUAUGAUUUACCCUACUAAAACUACAAGAAUCAGAUUAAGUCAGCACAUAAGAGAACUCGGUACAAAGUCAUCAAUGAAUGUUGUUUAACAAAAAAAUAUAAGGGGAUAUUUUGAGUCUUUAGAAAUGGAAAUAUUGCCAUAAAGAUUUCUAAAAAAAGACUGUGGGACACAGAACAAGUAGUGACUCUAGCAUCUUACUGCUGAUGGACAGCGACUGGAAUGGGGUAUGUGGUGGGGACUUGAUAAUAGGGGGAGUCUAGUAACCACAAUGUUGCUCAUGUGAUUGUUUAUUAAUGAUACCAAAAUUUAAAAAAAUAUUAUGGGAAACAUUUAUUCAUCUACAACUUUACUGUAAUCUGGUUUGGUCCUGUUAAAAAAAGCUUAUUUAGAAUCCCAGCUCUCAACUCUCUUACUAUUCUCUGAAGACCUUGUUUUUGUCUCUUAGCCAUAGUCUGACUAAAUAAAUACGGAUUUUCCUUAUUUAUUCUGAAGCUCA